UUUAACAAUCAAACUCAAAUUCAACAACUACACCUUCCCUUACAACACAGACGAGAAGUUCCAGACAAGAAAAAAAAGUGGAUAAGAUAAAACCUUAACCACAUCAACUGGUGCUUUAUGAUGUCUCUCACCACGGCAGCUCUCACGCUGCCGCGAAUAUCACCAGUCAUAUGUUCGGCGGCACAUAAUCGGCAGACAGCUACCGUGAAAACAACUGACCAAAAGCCACCACAAAACUUAGGUUUCCGCGGCGGCAAGAAAAAGGAAUCGCCAUGGCAUUGUGUAGAAGGCUGUGGAGCUUGCUGUAAGCUUCAAAAAGGUCCUUCUUAUCCAUCUCCCGAAGAAAUUUUCUCCAACACUUCAGAUGUUGAGCUCUACAAUAGUUUAAUAGGACCGGAUGGAUGGUGUAUUCAUUAUGAAAAGAGUACUCGAAAAUGUUCCAUUUACUCUGAUCGUCCAUAUUUCUGUCGUGCGGAGCCUGAGGUGUUUAAAUCCUUAUUUGGAGUAAAAGAGAAGAAUUUCAACAAAGAGGCUUGCAGUUCCUGCAGAGACUCAAUUAAGGCCGUUUAUGGUUCCAAUUCAAAGGAGCUUGUUAGUUUUGACAAAUCAAUCAAGAGUUAUUCUAGUUAGAGUUUGGAUUCUCAAUUGCUCAAGAAGUACUGCUGCCUUCUUUUGAGUAGCAACAUGGACCAGAGCACGAGUAGCAGGAAAACAUGAACUCAAACUGGGUGAUUAUAGUGUGCUCAAUGGAAAACAUGAACUCAAACUAGGUGACUAUAGUGUGCUCAAAGGAAAACAUGAACUCAAACUAACUCAUAAUGCCAAUAAACUUGAUGUCAUAUUCUAUUGUUUCUAUUAGAUUGUUGAGCAGACUACCACAUCGGAGCCCUAUUUUGUAUAUACAAAUUUAUGAAUCGGGAUAGUUACAUGUCAAACCAGAAAAAUAAUUUUUGAUCUUUUCUU